AUGGCGAGUUGUUCCUUCGCUCGUGGCCAAGCGACAAGGAGACUGAGAGCUACAGCAGCGGCUACAGCGGCAGCUCUAGCUGCAGUGGCGACCACCCCACUUCUUUCCUCGGGAACCCCGACCGCACUCAUUGGGACCGGGUCAUCUUGUCCGGGAGCCAUGUGGCUCUCCACGGCCACUGGCUCCCGGUCAGACUCCGAGUCCGAUGAGGAGGAUCUCCCCGUUGGGGACGAAGUUUGCAAACGCGGCUACCUGCGGAAGGCCGCCGCGCUGGCGGCCGCAGCGGCGGCGGAGCCACCCUUCUACAAAGAUGUGUGGCAGGUAAUAGUCAAACCCAGGGGGCUGGGGCAUAGAAAAGAGCUGAGCGGCGUGUUCCGGCUCUGUCUUACCGACGAGGAGGUUGUGUUCGUGAGGCUGAAUACCGAAGUGGCCAGCGUGGUCGUCCAGCUCCUGAGCAUCCGUCGCUGCGGGCACUCAGAGCAGUAUUUCUUCUUGGAAGUCGGCAGGUCCACUGUCAUCGGUCCAGGGGAGCUCUGGAUGCAGGUGGAUGACUCUGUGGUGGCCCAAAACAUGCACGAGCUCUUUUUGGAGAAGAUGAGAGCCUUGUGUGCAGAUGAAUACAGAGCCCGCUGCCGCAGCUACAGCAUCAGCAUCGGCGCCCACCUGUUAACCCUACUGUCCACUAGGAGGCACCUGGAAACGCUGCCGCUUGAACCCGGAGGCUGGCUCAGAAGGUCCCGCUUUGAGCAGUUUUGUCACCUCCGGACCAUCGGUGAUGGGGAAGACGAGAUGCUCCUCACCAGGCGCUACGUAACACCCAACGAGCCGGUGCCUCACUCCAGGCGAGGAAGACUGCACCUGCCCAGAAUGCGGAGGUCCAGGAGAGCUGUUUCAGUGCCAGCCAGCUUUUUUCGCCGCCUGGCACCCAGCCCGGUACUUGACCCACACCCAGCAGAAGCGCCCAGCGACAGAGCUUGCUUGUCUCUUGAAACGUCUGGUUCAGUCUCUGGCAACCGUGUGGAAGAAGAUAAUCCUCAGGGCCAAGCCGGUCAGGAAGGUAACGGAGGAGAUGACUACAUGCCCAUGAACAACUGGGGUUCAGGAAAUGGCCGGGGCUCAGGAGGUGGCCAGGGUUCAAGUGGCCAAGGUUCCAGUAGUCAGAGCUCAGGAGGAAACCAAUGCUCAGGCGCAGGACAGAGCUCUGGAGGUAGCCAGGGCUCAAGUGGUGGCUCAGGCGGCCUGGGCUCGGGGGAUCAGGGUUCAGGAGGGAGCCAGUACUCAGGAGAUGGCCAGGGCACCACAGGUGGGCAUGACUCAGGCAGUGGGCAGGGAGCCGGUGGUGGGCAUGGUUCAGGUAGUGGCCAAGGACCGGGAGAUGGCCAGGGACCGGGAGAUGGCCACGGCUCAGGUGGUGGCAAGAACUCUGAAGCCGGCAAAGGCUCAAGAAGUGGGAAAGGCUCUGAUGGCAAUGAUGAACAGAGAAAAUCCCUGAAGAAAAGAUCCUACUUUGGCAAAUUAACUCAAAGCAAGCAACAGCACAUGCCACCACCAACACUACCUCCACCUCCACCCCCACCAGCUGUAGGAACUGGUGGAAAAGGGAAAUCUGGGGGAAGGUUCCGACUUUAUUUUUGUGCUGACAGAAGAGCUACAAAAGAACGCAAAGAAGCUAAAGAAAUCAAAGAUGCAGAGAUCUCACAAGAUGCAGCUCGAAGUUCCCACAGAGCCAGAACUUUUGAUGAAGAUGAGGACGACCCAUAUGUGCCAAUGAGACCAGGGGUGGCUGCCCCUCUUGCAAGCUCCAGUGAUUAUAUGUCAAUGGCUCCUCAACAUGUUUCUGCUUCAAAAAGGCUCCACUCUCGAUCCCCUUUUGAAGAUUCAAGAGGGUACAUGAUGAUGUUCCCCAGAGUGAGCCCACCACCUGCCCCAAGUCCUCCAAAAGCACCUGAUCCUGAUAAAGAGGAUGACUCUAAAGACAAUGACAGUGACAGUGAUUACAUGUUUAUGGCUCCUGGAGCUGGUGCAAUUCCAAAAAAACCCAGAAAUCCUCAGGGCGGCUCUUCCUCCAAAAGUUGGAGCUCCUACUUCUCUCUGCCAAAUCCUUUACAGAGCUCACCGUUGGGACAGAGUGACCACAGUGAGUAUGUGCCAAUGUUAUCUGGAAAACUCCUGGGGAAGGGCCUAGACAAAGAAACCUCAUCUAUCAGGGGCCCCAAAGAUGCAGUCUCAGAGCCUUCACUUGAGGGGUCCUUCUCAAAACCUGGAGAUGGGGGGUCACCUUCAAAGCCUUCAGACGAUGAGUCCCCCAAGAACAAGACUAAGAGACCUAACCAACUUUCUUUUAUUGCGAAAGGAAAUAAAAUCAAGCCAAAACCACAAAAGCUCCUAUGUGAGCAGGGAGAGGCUGACAGCUCUAGUGACUACGUCAACACUGACUUCACUAAAAGAAAUAGCAAUAUGCUAGUGCCCUUCACUCAAGGACUGCCGCAUUCGUGGGGCGUAAUUGCUGACCCCAGACAGUCAGCCUUUUCUCAUUACGUGAAUAUUGGGUUCAGAGUGCCAUUUCGAAAUCCAGCUAAUGACCUCUCAAAUAUUUUAAGAGCUAUUACAGGUGCCAACCUCUUCUCUCUGGACGGUGCUAGGUGGCCACUUUUGCCUCUUCUUUCCAGUGCUACAGGUAGCAAUGCUAAUGAGGAAGAAUGUGACUACAUUGAAGUGAUUUUCAACCGAGCAAUGACACCAGCCGUGCCUUUUGCUGACAGUGCCAUUCGCUAUGAUGCUGAAACAGGUCGAAUAUAUGUGGUCGACCCAUUUUCUGAGUGUUGUAUGGACAUUUCUCUCUCCCCCAGCCGUUGCUCUGAACCAGCACCUGUAGCUAGACUGCUGCAGGAAGAAGUGCUAGAGAGAAGACGCCCACAAAGCCGUUCGCUGAGUUUCUUUGCAUCCGUCAGAUCCUCUAUUUCUGCUUUGCCAACCGACAGCCUGGAGAGAGACCUCUACGCCUCCUUCGCUUCGGCCGCCGUUGCGGUCGUUGUGCCCACCUUUGCCUUGGGCCGGGCUUUAGCCGCCGCCUCCGCCCUCGCCGCGGCUCCAGGACUCGGCGCAGCCGCCGCGGGCUUUCAGGCUGCCUCUGGAUUUAACUCCGCCUCUGUCCGCUGGUUCCAACUUGUUGCUAAUGCUGCUGGUGCCGAAGCAGUAAGCGGGUCCCAGGUCUUCGCCUGUGGCUCGAGCCCUAGAGCCCAAAACCCAUUUGCAGACCUUGACAGGGGAGUGAACCUGGCCGACGGGGCUGCGGCUGCAGCUGCCGCUCCCUCCCCACCACCUCACUGCCUGGUGCCGAGACUCCCCGAGCGAGAAGAUUCUGACGACGAAGACAAAGACGAAGACGACGAAGAUACUUACGCGAGAAUGGACUUUGCCAGAUCUGACAGGAAGUUCGACUCUCCCCAAAGAGGUUGGUAA